AAGAUUGUGCGGGUGACGGAAUCACUGACGAAAUCGACUCCGCACUUGCGCUCUACGAAGCAGGAGAGGGGGUGGCACUGAAGGGAGGGUCGUGGCUGAUCCUGCCUCUUCUCGCGGUUGUUGGCGCCGGCGAAGGUUGAGCCGGGCCUAUGUGUUGCCGGCCGGCUAACUAGCUGGUGGCGUUAUUGAAGACACUAUGGCGCAGCGGGGCACGAUCCACUGGGGCUCUGGGAGGACGUUGGAGACGGAAGAGGUAGCAACUCUGAAGGAGGCAGAGGCUGCUUUGGAAGGACAUGAGCAGCUGAUUGCAGGAAAGGCCCAUAAAGAAGGUGGAUCUGCACGAAUGUCACUUCUCAUAUUAGUGUCCAUCUUCUUAAUAGCAGCCUCUGUUAUGUUUCUGGUGUAUAAAAACUUUCCACAGCUUAGUGAAGAGGAGAGAGAAUGUAUAAAGGUUCCCAGAGACAUGGAUGAUGCUAAAGCCUUAGGAAAAGUUCUCUCUAAAUACAAGGAUAACUUCUAUGUACAAGUAUUAGUGGCUUAUUUUACUACUUACGUUUUCUUGCAAACCUUUGCUAUUCCUGGAUCUAUAUUUCUGAGUAUACUUUCGGGAUUUCUCUACCCUUUCCCACUAGCUCUAUUUCUUGUUUGUUUGUGCUCUGGACUUGGGGCCUCUUUCUGUUACAUGCUGUCCUAUUUAGUUGGAAGACCAGUUGUGUAUAGAUAUUUAACAGAGAAAGCAGUGAAAUGGUCAAAACAGGUUGAACGACAUAGAGAACACCUCAUUAACUACAUAAUAUUUUUGAGAAUAACUCCUUUUCUUCCUAAUUGGUUUAUCAAUAUAACAUCUCCUGUAAUAAAUGUACCACUGAAAGUAUUUUUUAUUGGUACUUUUCUAGGUGUUGCACCACCAUCAUUUGUAGCAAUUAAAGCUGGAACAACACUAUACCAGCUUACAACAGCAGGUGAAGCAGUCUCCUGGAACUCUGUUUUCAUUCUCAUGAUUCUAGCUAUACUCUCUAUUCUGCCAGCAGUUUUUCAGAAGAAACUUAAACAGAAGUUUGAAUGAGAGUCAUCCUGGAUCUUCACUUCCCAUAUUUCAUCUCAGGAUCAGCAUUAUUUCUAUGGCCACUUUUCUAUUGGAUCUUUCACAAUUCAAAAGGAGAGAAUUGUAAGGGAUAAAAACGUUUCUGGAUUUCUUGCUUACUUUUAUUUAUGGGGCAUAAAGACAAUAUAAUUGCAGUCAGAAUAAAAUUAAGAUGAACUAUAACUUUUAAAUAUAUAUAUAUAAGCAUUGUUAAUUUUAACUGUUAUGUUUAAUUUGAACUAUAUAUAUGCCUUAUUUUGUUUGUGAAAACUUAAUGUGAAUGAUUCAUUCCUCUUGCCCUCACUUCUUUUUACCAUCAUUCAUAAUUCUUAAAGAAUAAUGGACUGCACAAUGGAUUCUACAGCCCAGUGGACUAAUAGAUUGUAUAGGUUCUUUAUUAAUGAACUCUUUGUUGGAAAGCAGGAAGAAAUACUUUGGCCAGUGUUUCAAAAGUUCCUGGGUUUCAUUUUGCUUCAUGCUAACCGUGGAAACACUGGACUUUCCCUUUAUGAAUGUCAUAUAAAUGUUUUUGCUGGGGUCGGGGCUAAUCAGACUUUAUCAUGGCAGAUGAAAAAUGCUAAUGUUUUUGGAUUUUUUUGCCAGUAUUUCAGAUGUAUGGCAGCUAUUUCCAAAAUUGCUAAUAUAUUAUUAAACUAAUUAAUCAGCUGUCAAGUUAUUAUCAUCAGCAUACAUUUAUAUAAGUUCUUACAGAAAUGUGGAAAUCAUUUCUUAGCAACAAAUUGAUAGUUCUUCAAAAAUCGGUUAUUAAAGUUAAUUAUUUAUACAGUGUUUGUUAGGUUUUUGUUUAUGUAACAUGGCCAUAUAACAUAACCUCUGAUCCAGAGAUCCAUGGGUGUUCGAAGUGCCUACACAGUGCCCCUUCAGACACAGGGUCCUUCAUUCAUUUUCAGUCCCCUGCAACUGAAAUAGAUUAAAAGUGCCUCAGGAUGAGGAAAUUCCAUGUCUACAUGCAUACUUUCACUGGAUUAGGAUUAUCAUGUACAAAUUGUGUAUCUUGUAAAUAGAUCUUAGUGCUAGGCAGGUGUGUCCAUGUUCUGAUGAAAGACUAACUGAUGAUUAAAUUUAUUUUUAAAAUUUUAA